AUGGCAAGAGUCGUCGAGUCUGACUCGGUUUCUGGGGGAUCCGAUGUACUACUGAGCCUUGACUCGAUCAGGGAAUCGUUGAUUAGGCAAGAAGACACCAUCGUCUUCACCUUGAUCGAGAGAGCCAACUUUCCACUCAAUUCCCCUGCUUUCGAGGAAUCUCUCUGCCUAGAUUCUGGAAAUUCCUCUUCUCUCCCCGAGUUCUUCGUCAGAGAGAUUGAAACCCUCCAAGCUAAGAUAGGAAGAUACGAAGACCCAGAAGAGAAUCCUUUCUUCCUCGACAACAUUCCUCCUUCGGUUUAUCCUACGCACAAAUAUCCACCGGUUCUGCACCCAAAGGCAUUAUCGGUUAACAUAAACAAACGCAUUUGGGAUACCUACUUCAAAGAAAUGCUUCCUUUGUUUGUUAAACCUGGUGAUGAUGGCAAGUACGCAUCAACUGCUGCUAGUGACCUCGCGUGUUUACAAGCUAUUUCGAGAAGGAUUCACUUCGGUAAAUUUGUUGCUGAGGUCAAAUUCAGAGAUGCUCCACAGGAUUACGAGCCUGCCAUUCGCGCCAAGGAUACAGAGGCUCUGAUGAAGCUUUUGACGUUUGAGAAAGUAGAAGAAAUGGUUAAGAAGAGAGUCCAGAAGAAAGCAGAAACGUUUGGACAAGAAGUAAAGUGCAGCUCCGGUGAGGAGAGUGAGAGAAAGUAUAAAGUGGAUCCUUUGCUUGUCUCUCGCAUCUAUGGUGAAUGGCUUAUCCCUCUCACUAAGAUUGUUGAGGUUGAGUAUCUUCUACGCCGUCUCGAUUGA